AGGCGUUAAGGCCUCGGUUCUCAGGGUUUGGUGUCAGUAACAUAUUUUCAAAUAUCUUCAGAUACUUUUCUGAUAAAAUAAAAUAAAAUAAAAUAAGCGACCAAAGUGUUGUAUAAAAGCUCAGAUGAAAUCACUCAAGCUAAUAAAAUAAAUGAACUGAUAUUCUGCUGUAUCCUGUGUCUUUACUUUUAUAUGUGCCAUGACUAAAUCCUUUAAACUAGCAACAUCCAUCCAUCUUCUACACCGCUUAUCCUCUUCAGGGUCACGGGGAACCUGGAGCCGAUGCCAGGGAGCAUGGGGCACAAGGCGGGGUACACCCUGGACAGGGUGAUAAUCCAUCACAGGGCACAAUCACACACACACUCACACACACAUUCAUACACUACGGACACUUUGGACAUGCCAAUCAGCCUACCAUGCAUGUCUUUAGGCUGGGGAGGAAACCGGAGUACUAACAACAUUAUUAUAUUAUUAUAUUAGAGAGAGAGAGAGAGAGAGAGAGAGAGAGACUGUACAUUUUCAAUGCUUAUCACUAUUAAAUGCGAAUUUUGUCAUUGUUUUGGAGCGCACGAGCUAAUAGAUGAUCUUAAGGCAACAAAUUCAUAUUUAAAGCCAUAAAAACCUCCAUUUUGAUAUCAUGAGGACUUUAACUCCUGAAUGUGGUGAUAUUUGGACACAAACCCGCACCCCCUUGCUUACUGUAUUGAAGAUUUAGAAUAUCUGGCAACCCAUGUGUCUAAUAAUGGCGGGGGAAAGUAGACGCAGCGCAGAUGGCACGUGAGUGAGUGAGUGACAGAGAGAGAGAGGGAGGGAGAGAUUAUAAAUCCCCUCGCAAGCUCAAUAGUGAAACUAAACUGCACCUGGGAUGCGAGACACACCCGCUACCGGAACCUGCAGCAGAGACACACACACAGGACUGUCGUACACACCGGGGGUCUUCACAGAGCUGCGCGAUCACCCUGACACCAAAGACACACAGGACAAUGAGGACAUGAGCUCUGAUGAUCACCACGUCAGCGUAAUGAAGGGAAAAAGUCGAGCCUUUUGGAUUGUUCUGGCUGGAGUUUUCCUUACUGCGAGGGUGUGUGAUGCUGCAUGCAUGAGGCGGAAUUUUAAAGAUUACAUCACAGAUAAUUUAUUACUCGACCACUGGUUUCAGAUGAAGAAUUUCACCCCGACUGGUGAGGAGGUUAAGGUGCAGCAUGAAUUCCUCUCUGUCAUUAACACCAUCUGUUCAAGUUUACUAGCAAAUGAACGUUUUUACAGAACGUAUCCUUACAAUGAGAGCAUGAAGACAAAACUGGUGUGGACGUACAAAGAACUGGUGAAUGAGCUGGUCAACCAUGGUGCAUGGGAUAAAACUGACACUGUACAGUUUUGUCAAAAUCACACCUGUUCCGAAUCUUACGGCACAAGUUUCAUCAACACAACACAGUUUGAGAACAUCUAUAAAAAAGUGUGCAACUGGACCGGACCAGCGCCAGAGUGUCCGUUUCCACAGAUUCAUUCAGGCACAACAGCAGCAGUGAGUCCUACAUCGACUCCUCAUGCACCUGAGCCAGGACAGCAGACAUCCUCUGAGCCAACUAACGGAAAUGUUUCAAGCCAGUCCAUAAUAUCUGAUGCAGAGAAUUCAGAGACUCAGGGUGUCUUGCCGCUUCUGGUGCUGUCAGUGGCGAUGAACUUCAUCCUCAUCCUCCUCAUCAUCUUUAUAAUUUAUCAUUACAAGCACAGAUCUACAUCUUCAGGCAAUCAGCAUGAUAACCAGGAGCACCUGUCUCUACAUAAGGCAAAUACAACAAAUAUGACCCAGGAUCAGAAUAAUACAGAUAUACAGAUAUACAGAACAAUACAGGAUACUGUUUAGUUUAAGUUUCACCCGAUUCAUCAUCAGAAAUAAACCUGCAGUGUUCUGAGUUUUGGACUUAACCGAGUUCUCAGUGACGUGGAUUAACGUAAAAACUCUGCACUGAUGAAGACUGGAUUUUGGACUGAAGAUGAUGAUGAUGAUGAAGUAUAUAAAUCAUCCGGUGGAACUCUGUCUGUAUUACAGGCUGCUGUAAUUAAGGCACAAAGGAAAAGUGAGUGCUCGACACACUGUCUCUGUGAUGCUGUGAGUUUCUCGUGUGUGUGUGUGUGUGUGUGUGUGUGUGUAAACCUGAACUGACAGCUAAUAUCUGAUGUUGGUAUUCAGCAGUAAAUUAAAAACUUGAUUGGAAAAUGUGUGACUCCACCUGAAGGAGGACGUUUCAGAUGUUUUAUUAAAGGGAAGAUACUCGUGUGGAAUAAUGAACACAAAAUCAAAAGAAAUAAUAUAACUGCAAACAGCGACUGCUGGGCCCAAGCAUCCUGUAGAAGAGGUAUGAUAACGGUUGUUACAUUAAGCAGAUGGUGGUGCUGUGAGACACUGACAGCGAGACACUAUUUCCAUUUCACUAUUUCCGUGAACUUUGAACCAUGUUGCAUAAUGUAUAGCUUGAAUGGCAUAACAUUAAUUUAUCGCAUCACCAUACCAACAGCAUUUAAGAUAUCAACAACCUACAGCUAAUACUUGCUGAUUGUGUAAUAAGCUAAUAUUUAACACGUGUGUGUGUGUGUGUGUGUGUGGUAGAUAAUGAAAGUGUUAUUGUAAAUUCACUUAUAAAGCAGACAUAGAAACACUGACGCUUUUCAACUUUUCAACAAAUCCCAAGCCCUAAACAUGCCCCACCCCUUUUCCCCAUUAAACAUGUGCUAAGUAGCCCCUACAUUUGCAUACUCAAAUCUAAUUGGCUCUUAUAUUUUAUGACACAAUACCAGUAUGUUGUCAUGUGGUUCUCAGCUGUUUCUAUGUUUUCACACUUUGACAAUGUUUAAUAAUAAAAUAAUGAAAAAAAUACACAUUAUAUAAAUGUUUGUGUUUAAAAGAUCAAACUGUGUUGUAAAUCUGUGGGUUUUUUACAGCACACUGUUCACUGCCCAGUAACA